UUGUUGAUUUUAUUUUGCAAAUUUAUUAGUUUUUUAAAUUAAAAUAUGGAAUUAAAAAAGUAUUAGAUGAUUUUUCUCGAUAAUCUCUAAAAAUGAAUAAAUUAUUGUUAUCCAGCAUCUCAGUGUUAAAUCAAGUCUAUAAAGAAAAAGCAACAGGACCAGUUGAAUUAGUAAAAGCAUGUUUUGAUAGAAUUGAAAAAACAGAAUGUUUAAAUGCAUAUAUAAAAACAACUAAAGAUAUUGCUAAAAAACAAGCAUGUGAAGCAAAUAACCGAUUUACUACCGGAGAAAGACUAAGUGCUCUAGAUGGUGUACCAAUUGCAGUCAAAGAUAAUAUCUGUACAGAAGGUAUAACAACGACAUGUGCUUCGAAAAUGCUAUUAAAUUUUGUACCCACCUACAAUGCAACUGUUUAUAAAAGAUUAAAAGAUGCUGGAGCUAUUUUAAUGGGGAAAACUAAUAUGGAUGAAUUUGCAAUGGGGAGUAGUACAAUUCAAUCAUUUUUUGGGCCUUCCAAAAAUCCAUACGGCGAAACAUUCGACGAUGAUAAUUUUUAUAUCACCGGUGGAAGUAGUGGAGGAUCAGCAGUUGCAGUUGCAACGGGAUCAUGUUUCGCAGCUAUAGGUUCAGAUACAGGUGGUUCAGUACGUAAUCCUGCAUCACAUUGUGGAGUAGUUGGUUUAAAACCAACAUAUGGUGUUAUAUCCAGAUAUGGUUUAAUACCAUUGGCUGAAUCUUUAGACACUGUUGGAAUAUUUACAAGAACUAUCAAUGAUUGUGUUAUUGUUUUUAAUCAUAUUGCUGGUCCGGAUGAUCUUGAUUCAACAGCACGUAAACGAAUAGAUUUACCAAUUAGAUUACCGACUAAACCAAAUUUGAACGGAUUAAAAAUUGGUAUACCUAGAGAAUUUCAAAGCACGCAUUUAAUGAAUGAAGUUAAACAAACUUGGGAUGAUGUAGCAAAAAUUUUAAAGGAUCAAGGUGCCGAAGUUUCUGAGGUAUCUAUUCCAAAUGUAAUACUUUCACAAAUGUGUUACAACGUAGUCAACUGUUGUGCAAUAAGUAGUAAUAUGGCACGCUACGAUGGUAUUAGGUAUGGUCAUCGUGCUGAAAAUGCUGAAAAUUCAAUUGAAGAAUUGUAUGCAAAAACAAGAACAGAAGCAUUUAACGACGUGGUCAAAUCAAGAAUCAUAGCUGGCAACUACUUUUUAUUAAAUGAAAAUUAUGAAAAAUAUUACGUGCAAGCAACGCGAUUACGACGAUUAAUUGCAAAUGAUUUUGAUCAAGUAUUUGAAAAUGUGCACAUGAUGCUAACACCAACUAAUCUUUCAACAGCACCAUCGGUGAAAGAAUUUUUACUACAUGAUGAUCGAUCGCGAACUGCAAUGGAAGACGUAUAUACGCUGUCUGCAAACUUAGUUGGCGUUCCUGCUUUAUCUAUACCAAUAAAACUUUCUAAAGAUAAACUUCCUAUCAGUAUACAACUUAUCGGACCCAAUUGCAGCGAACGUGCUUUAUUUUCAGUUGCAAAAGUUAUUGAAGGAAUUGUUAAAUUCCCUCUACAAUGUUUAGAUAACAGAUAUUUAUAAAAAUAAAAUAAAAAUAAAAAAAAUAUUUAUUU